AUUUGACAACACUUUUUAGCAAUAAUUUCAAUGUUUUGUGAUAAAUAACUGUGAGAGAAAAAAAAUGUGGAAUCGUUCAAUGCCCAAUUUUUCCUAUUCAUUACCGAAUCUAGUGGAUCCUUUUAUUAUUCAAUCGAAUCAGAUUCAACGACAACAUCAUAAUGAUGAUUUCGUUGAAAAUAUUAGUGACAUUCAUAAUGAUAAUUAUGACAAAAAUAUUUUGUCAGGUUAUCUUCUGUAUGAUGAUUCAUUACAUGAAGGCCAUUUUGGCCAUGUUCGUUUAGGUAUACAUCGAUCGACCAUGGUAAAUGUUGUCGUCAAAAUAAUUGACAAAAAUCGAUUCAAGAAUGAAUUUGAUUAUAGAAUGAUAUGUGCCGAAAUAGAUACAUUAAAAAAUCUGCAUAAUCAUCAUCAUCGAAACAUUGCCAGACUUUUACAAUUUGAUGAAAUUGGUAAAAAUUUAUUUAUCGUACAAGAAUAUUGUUCACGUGGUGAUCUAAAUAGUUACAUGAAAAAAUUUUCAUGUGAAAAUGAAAUCAACCAUCAUAAGAAACUAUUGCCAAUUGAUGAAGUGAUACGAAUAUUCAUUGAUCUUGUCGAAUGUUUAACAUUUGUACAGGAAAAUUGUGGACUUUAUCAUGGAGCAAUCAAACCAGCCAAUAUAUUAUUUGAUCAUAACAAUCAGAUCAAAUUGAUCGGUUUCUGUCCAAUUUAUCUAUUUGGUCAUAAAGAUAGACGAAAAUCUGAGAAUUUAGUCAAAAUUCGAUACUCAGAAUACGAUGAAUACCAGCCACCCGAAUGUUGGUCAUCGUCAUCAUCAUCAACAACAGACAACAACAAGCGCUAUCGAAUUUAUAUGCCAACUUUUGAUGUUUGGAGUUGUGGAAUUUUACUUUAUGAAAUGUUAACAAAUUCAAAACCAUUUACGGCCAAUAUGUUUGAGAAAAAUUCAACAAUUUUGAAACAAAUCAAGUCUGGUAUUUUUCAAAAUCGAAAACAGUUAACAUUAUUGUACGGUGAAAAUGGCGUGCUUGAUCUCAUUGGACAAAUGCUAGAAAUUAAUCCAAUGAAGCGUAUCCGAAUGAAACAGAUUUUGCAACAUUCAUGGAUAAAAUAUGGCUGGUCUCAUAGCAUCGAUAUAAAUAGCUAUGACAAAAGUGAUUCAAACCUAAUGACUUUACCCGAAACGAUGACGGCUACGAUUUAUUCUAAAAAUCAAAUGGAGACAGAAAAGUUUCGUCCAUAUUAUCAUGAAAUUACCAAUGAAAAACUGGACAAUGAUAUAUUAGUUGAAUGUUUACGAUUACAUGGUAAUGAAGUGAAUGAUGUACUUGAAUUACGUUCAAAUAUUCUGUACAAACAUUGUUAUCAUACUGCAACUUAUUGGUUAAUCCAACAGAAUAUUGACUAUUACAAUAAGGUAUUGUAUACCCUAGUGACCGACCUAGUUAUUCUAUUUUUAUUUAUUUUGUCGAUUCUCACUCAAUGUAAAUUAAUGAUGGCAUACAACAACAACGACAGAGAUCGAAUAAAAAGCAAAAAUAUAGUUACUUGCAACAAUAAAAACAUUGUUCAUCGAACUGAAUUCUUCGAAAAUGAAAUAAAAAGUGAUCAGAAUUGUGAUGAUAAUUUAAAAUACAUUUGGAACGGUGAAAAAGAGUUUGGACUUUUCGACACAUUGAUAACCACUAAUGAUUUUGAUGAUGAUGAUGAUGAUGACAAUGAAUUACUUGAUUCUGGCAUUCAAAAGGUUUGAAUUAUAUAAG